AUGAAAGAAAAAAAAAAGAAGAAAGAACAAAAAGGUAAGCCCAUACGCAUUAAUUCAUCUCGUCUUCAUUCAAUCUUUGUGUAUGUUAUUUAUCUCUUCAUUUUUCCCUUACUUAUUAUCUCUCCUUUUCUCUUCCUCUGCUCUCUUUGCACCCAUGCACCACAAACUUUUCGCAUCCAGCAGGAUCUCCAUCACCACUUCUUUAUGUCUUUUGGCAGGAAUAAUGCCCGAACCCUCCUUCCUUUUGGGCUAGACUACAGCGAUAUCACCAGCUCGUCCUCAGGGUCCGCAACUCCUACCCUCGAGUUUCCGGUAAAUUGGCCACUUUUGGAAAACGAAUCCGAUGCCUCGAAACAGGCCAUGGCCUUUUCACAAUUGUUGGUCAACGGACCCUUCUUUACGGGCAACGUAGAGUCCUUGGACAAACCACUCGUAGGCACAUCGCUGGACGGCAUAGAGCGACAUUCAGACAAGUAUAAACCAGUCAAAAAGAUCGGAAGAACCGUCGAAGAACACCCAUAUCAACUCGAAUACUUUCCUGAAGAAUUAUACCUGGUGAUGGGAAUUUCCAACAAGCAAAAGAGACUACUUUCGUUAUCAUCGUUCAAGCACAAUGGCGGGCUUGCAGAGUAUGAAAUUAAUCAAAAUGACCAUGAACUCAGUGUACAAGCACAGCUUGAAAAACUCAAAGAAUUGGCAGACAAUUUGGAAGAUGGUGACGCCAGCAUACAAGACAACGGAGAGGAGGAGCCGGAUAUGGACGAUGAGUUUGAAGAAGACGAAGACGACGAUUAUAAUGCUGAAAAAUACUUUAAUGAUGGAGACGACGAUGGUAUAGACGAAGGAGACGAUGAAGCCGCCUUUUAA